GUUUGUUUUCGCUUGCUGUGAGUUUAACUUUGACUUUCGUUCCGUGCGGACGCGUGUUUUGGUGUUGAAGAAAGAGGAAAGAUUCGCGUGCUGUUGAAGAAUCAUUCAGUUGUGAAAAAAACACUAAUUUAUAAAAUAACGAGCAUGUUCCCUACUCUGAGUGCCAGUCUACCGUAAUUAUAUUUAUGUGUAAUCGUUUCUGAACCGUCACAUCUGCAGAAAGUGUACCAAAAACAUAUGAAAGCGAAUAUAUGACAGUGUGGUGAACUAAACUCAAUGAUGAGAUGAAUGUAAUAUCCAAUCAUGUAAGAUCGCAAUAUCGGAAUAUUCGGAUAAGAGAAUGCGUUUGGAAAAUAUGCCAAAAUUGGAAAUACACAUUAGUAGUAAGUUGAAAGUGCCAGCAGCGGUAGUGCGGUUUGUGGUACUGCUACUAACCACUACAACGGUCCGGUUCUGUACGGCAGCCCCGUCGGUGGCAGCCAAAUCCUGGCCGGUGAUGAAAAAUUACGAUAUUUGGGGAGUCCCGGAUGCCGAACAGGUUUCAUCUUCAUCGUCGUUAACAUCGUUAUCCCGAUUCUCGUUACCAAGUUUACGUACGGGGAAACCGGACCCUAAUUUGCACAACACAACCGUACUCCAGCGGGGUCGAUAUUUCGGUUUGGAUGCAUUUUCAGAGGAGAAUGACUUUGACCGAAACACGGACAACAGCUUCGAUGGGGGUUAUCGGAGCAGCGGACGUAGGGCGAAAGUGCUCAACUUUUUCCCGGUACCGGUGGACGAUGAGUGCCUGUCAGAUGAUGGACUCCGUACCGGACAGUGUAUGAAUGUGUACGAGUGCCGUAUCCAUGGAGGAGUUUCCCGGGGCCAAUGUGCGCUUGGUUUUGGCGUAUGCUGUAUUUUUACGGCAACCUGCGAUCAGGAGAUGAUGAACAACAUCACGUACUUUGUGUCGCCCAGUUUUCCGGCGCUCGUGUCCAAGGAUGCGGUUGCAUGCAAGCUGAAAAUAAAACUAAUGAACUCGGAGAUUACUCAACUGAAGUUUGAUUUUAUCCACUUUGCAUUGGGUCAACCGAACAGGCGAACCGGUAUCUGUGAUGGGGACAUAUUUCGGCUUGCUGGUGGAGCGUUUCCAUUCGAUCUAUGUGGACAGAACAGCGGUCAACAUCUCUACUAUGACCUGAGCCCAAAAUCACGGGCAGACGAGGAGAUUGAGCUGGAGAUGAAAUUUUCACCUCGUUCUUUCACCCAACGGUUGUGGGAGAUUAAGGUGACACAGAUUCCCUUCAGCCAAAGAGCACCAAGCGGAUGUAUGCAAUAUUUUACCGGCACUGAAGGGAUCAUCCAGACGUUCAACUUUGCUGAAAAUGGUCGCCAUUUGGCCAAUCAUAACUAUAGGGCAUGCAUUCGACAGGAGAAAGGAAUGUGUUCGGUGGCGUACGAGCCUUGUGAUGAUCAAUCGUUUCGGAUUGGGAAUCCUAGAGCGGGUGGUGAUUCAUAUCCUGGAACGCCUGUUGGAAAUCCGGGUGGUGCGGGUAGUCCUGGGGGUAUUAUUAGUCCAGGUGGGUCUACCGGAAUUGGGGGCCUCCCCGGUGUCGAUGGAACCGGCACAUUUACGGAUCCAGGAAUCGCCAGUGAUCCUUUAGCUCCAGCAGCAGACAUUCCGCAAGACAGUGUUGGAGCUGAGGAUGGUCAAGGAGCACUGGAUUCUCCUGCUGCAGAUGAUCCAGUUGCCGCUGAUGAACCUGCUGCUGAUGAACCAGCCGCUGAUGAGCCGCAGGCAGACGAUCCGGAUGCAGCAGACGAAGGUUCCGGUGGUGGAGGAGGAGGAGGAGGCUUCUUCGGAGGUUUCUUUCCGUCUUUCUUUUCGAGGAGUAUUUUUGACUCAUCUCGAAGUUUCGACGGAUCACAUCGGCAAGGACGAGAUUUUUCGCGGCAAUUCUACUCGACCUGUACGGAUCGUAUCACGCUUCCGUGUAUUGUGGAAGACUUCAUAGGUAUUGGGAUGGGCGAUUUACCGAGUUGCGUUCCGGUGCACUGUGGAAAUUCGCUAUGUCCAGGGGGUGCCUCUCCCUGUCGGGUAGAGACCUCAGUUACUCCAUUCGGGUUGGGGAUUCAUUUUGGUGAAGGCUUAGAUAAGGGUAGUCCGGAAGAUAACAUAGGAGCCUGCUUGCGCUACAACCAGAUUCCGUGUGCUGGGUAAAUAAUAUGGCUGGGAUUGUGUGAGAACCUAUUUAUUAGCUGUGAAUGUUUGUAAGUAAAUUGUGAUUCUUGAAUGGUUUCGUGUUAGUCGAUCCGAACGCCCGGGGGAGUUUCAUUCCGCGAACUAUUUACUGUCUGCAAAAUGA